UCUUCCCCCCUGUUGUCGUGCAUCCAGAUUGGGAUGCGAACCCAACAGGGCUCGGAGGGGGGCGUGCUCUUGCCUGGGGGUAGCUGUGGCAGCAGUGGCAGCUCAGGACUGUCGCCAGGCUCCGACUCAGACGGAGGAAGCCCAACAGGCAGAGUGGUGGACAGCAUGUUGGAUGGAGGUCAUGGGGUGGGUGGAUGUAUGGGUGGAGGCGGCAGCUUAGGCGGCACUCUGAGGGGGGUCCUGUCGCGUUAUUGGAGCUUGGAAAGUCUGCACUCUACCACAGCGGUGGUUAUUCCUGAUGGCGCUUCAGAGAAGGCGGGGUUUGGGGAUGAGCUUGGAAGCGAAGACGAUCUCCUGUAUGAAGACUUUCGCAGUUCUGGACAUCGUUUUGGACACCCAGGUGGAGGCGGAGGGGAGCAGCUAGCCAUCAAUGAGCUGAUCAGCGAUGGCAGUGUGGUGUAUGCUGAGGCGCUCUGGGACCAUGUCACCAUGGACGACCAGGAGCUUGGCUUCAAGGCCGGUGAUGUCAUCGAAGUAGUGGAUGCCACUAACAAGGAGUGGUGGUGGGGUCGCAUCAUGGACAGCGAGGGCUGGUUUCCUGCAAGCUUUGUGCGGUUGCGUGUGAAUCAGGACGAGCCGAUGGAGGAGUAUUUGGCCCACCUGGAGGAGGUGCACACCGGUGAGAAGGACCAGGCGGCUCUGGGCCUGUUAUUGGGACCUGGUUUACCCUGCAAAGAGCAGAUGAGGACCAACGUUAUCAAUGAGAUAAUGAGCACAGAGAGAGACUACAUCAAGCAUCUGAAAGACAUCUGUGAGGGUCACAUCAAACAGUGCCGUAAGAGAACAGACAUGUUCAAUGAGGAGCAGCUUCGAACCAUCUUUGGCAAUAUUGAAGAGAUCUACCGAUUCCAGAGGAAGUUCUUGAAAGGUCUGGAGAAGAAGUUCAACAAGGAGCAGCCGCACCUCAGCGAGAUUGGCUGCUGCUUCCUUGAACAUCAAACCGAUUUCCAGAUCUAUUCAGAGUAUUGCAACAACCACCCCAACGCCUGCAUCCAGCUCUGUAAGUUGAUGAAAGUCAACAAGUACGUGUUCUUCUUUGAAGCUUGCCGACUACUCCAGAAGAUGAUCGACAUUUCCUUGGAUGGCUUCCUGCUCACCCCGGUUCAGAAGAUCUGCAAGUACCCACUGCAGCUGGCUGAGCUGCUCAAAUACACCAACCCACAGCACAGAGACUACCAAGAUGUGGAGGCAGCCUUGAAUGCCAUGAAGAACGUGGCAAGGCUGAUCAAUGAGAGGAAACGGCGCCUUGAGAAUAUUGACAAGAUCGCCCAUUGGCAGAGCUCCAUAGAGGACUGGGAGGGUGAAGACAUCCUCAGUAGGAGCUCUGAUCUUAUCUUUUCAGGGGAGUUGACCAAGCUGUCUCAGCCUCAGUUCAAGAGUCAACAAAGAAUGUUUUUCCUUUUUGACCAUCAGAUGGUGUACUGCAAAAAGGACCUCCUACGGCGGGACAUGCUGUACUACAAGGGUCGGAUGGACAUGGACAACAUGGAGGUGAUAGAUGUGGAGGACGGCAAGGAGAAAGACUUUAACAUCAGUGUGAAGAACGCCCUGAAGCUGCGAUCAGUGGCUGGUGAUGAGGUCCACCUCCUCUGUGCCAAGAAGCCUGAACAGAAACAACGCUGGCUCAGAGCCUUUGCCGAUGAGAGGAGGCAGGUUCAGCAUGACCGUGAUACAGGCUUCUCUCUCACAGAGGUCCAGAAGAAACAAGCCAUGUUGAAUGCCUGUAAAAGCCAUCCAGCUGGGAAACCCAAAGCGGUGGCCAGACCCUACUAUGACUUCCUUCUGCGACAGAAACACCCCUCCCUCCCCACAGCUUUGCCCCAGCAGCAAGUUUUCAUGUUGGCUGAGCCCAAGCGCAAAGCCUCCACUUUUUGGCACAACAUCGGGAGAUUGACACCCUUCAAGAAGUAAAAAAAGCUGACAGAAAUGGAAAGCUGUGGAAACAAGACAAAGAGGAGGAGAAAGAGAAGAGCUCUCUGCUCGUGCCUGAACAGACCCUUUUUAAUUCCUCCCCCUUCCUUUCCUAUCGGUAUCAUUGCCCUAAUUGAUAUACUGAUUUAAUGUAUAGAUAAGAAUGAUUAUGACGUUGGGGAGAUUAUUUUUGAAAGCACUUUAUAGGUUGGUUAACAAUCAAACUUGAGAAUUGUCUCCUGGAGACACUGAGUCAAACAGGGAGCAUGGAAUAUACCUUCAGUCACGCUCAAAUUGGUACUAAUACUACUACUGUACUGCUGCAAGCGAGCGUGGGACUUCUGACUGUGCUGCCUCUGUAAAGACGUUGCCUGUCGACAAAUCUAUGUCAUUCAUUUCCACUGUUCUUAUGUUUUAUGAUUUGACAGAUGCCAACAGUUCGCAGUGCCAGAUGAUUUGUUUUGUAUUGUUUUGUUCUAUGUCUGCUUUUGAAAAAAAGGGAAAACGAGGAGGGGGAUAACGAUUCUUGUGCUUUUCUCUGUGCAAAUAUAUAGUUUCAGGAUCCUUUCAGCUGGGUUUUGACGUGUUUUGUGAUCUCCAUCCACCAGGAUAUCUUUCUGUAUUUCUCUGGUGCAUUUCGUGGUAUUUCGCAAACAAUUUAUUAAAAAACAACAUAAAUGCAGCCCAAAGAAGAUUCAACUCAUUACAGAUAAAGAGCUUUUUUAUUCAAACAAACAGCAGCAACCCACACUUUCCAGCAACACACAUUCCUCGAGUCUGAUCCUCGACUCUUCCUUAUACGUACCAUGUCAAUGAGUAAACAACCUAUUCUUUCUUUCUUUUUUAAUUUUUAAGUGCCAUUUGAAGUGUGCCAUGGAUGACUUACAAUGACAUGCAUGGAUGUGAUGAAAAAUACUGUGAAGAUUAUUUUUUGUAUCUUUGAAGAAUCCAGCUAUAUUUAACCAGAUUCAGGAAACUGAUGACUUUAUUGUGCUACUAGGCUGACAGCAUCUCUCUCUCUCUGUCUCUCUGUCUCUCUGUCUCUCUGUCUCUCUCUCUCUCUCUCUCUCUCUCUCUCUCUCUCUCUCUCGCUCUCUCUCUCUCUCUCUCUCUCACACACACACACAAACAGACAGUUAUUUAUCUACCUGUACUUCUGAUAUCCAGUAUCCCUGCUCUGUGUAUCUGGUCUCUGGUAUAAUCUCUUUUCAAAUAAAUCAAUGCAGCCCAGUGAUAUGACCUUGUAAGUGCAUUCAGUGUAAUGUACUCCUCUCACCUUUAUGUUCAAAUGUUUUAGCUUCUGACAAUAUGGAAUAUUAAACAUUCCU